CGGGCGCGGGCGCGGGGGACGGCGCGGCGACACGCGCCGACGCCCAGCUGCAGGCCUUCAAGCGCGAUGGGUGUACCGCGGCGUGGUUACUGCCCCUCGCUCAGUCCGGCUUCCGCGCCUCGCACCUGCGAGCUGCGUACCAGAGGUACUCGCACCGCCAGCGGCAGCGCUCGCUGAUCGUGGUGAACAUGGUGGACCUGGCGCUGAAGGUGUCGCUGGCGACGGUGUUCCUGGCGACGCAGGAGGCGCAGGAGGCGGGCGUCGCCACGCACGCCGUCGCCAUCUCGUGGACGGUGUCGUGCGCGCUCGCCAACGCCGCCGUGUGCGCGCUCGGCUGGUGGCGCUGCUUCGCCAACAACUACCUGCACUGGGCGGCCGGCUGCACCUGGCUGCUGCUCAACGCGCAGGGGUGCACGGGCAAGGGGCUGGGCUUCCCGGAGAACACGGAGCUGGUGUGGUACGUGCUGUUCAUCGAGUUCGUCACGUACGCGCUGCUGCCGCUGCCGCUGCGCUGGUGCGCGCUGCUGGGCGGCGUGAGCGCCGGCGUGCACCUGGUGUGGUCGCUGGUGGUGGGGCUGAGCGGCGACGACGAGGACGCCGCCACCGUCUGGCGCAAGCUGGCAGCCGCCGCGCUGCUGUACGCCGCCGUCAACGCCGCGGGCAUGUACACCAAGUUCCUGACGGACCGCGGGCAGCGCAAGGCCUUCCUGGAGACGCACCGCUCCAUGGAGACGCGCUUCCGCACGCAGCGCGAGAACGACCGCCAGGAGAAGCUGCUGCUGUCCGUGUUGCCAGACUUCGUGGCGCGCGAGAUGAUCCGGGACAUCGCGCGCGAGGAGGAGAAGGGCGCGUUCGUGCCCAGCCAGUUCCACAAGAUCUACAUCCAUCGCUACGAGAACGUGUCCAUCCUCUUCGCCGAUAUCAAGGGCUUCACGGCGCUGGCCAGCCGCUGCAGCGCCGAGCAGCUGGUGCGGGUGCUAAACGACCUGUUCGCGCGCUUCGACAAGCUGGCCGCGGAGACGCACUGCCUGCGCAUCAAGCUGCUGGGCGACUGCUACUACUGCGUGUCGGGGCUGCCGCGCGAGCGGGCCGACCACGCGCGCUGCUGCGUGGAGAUGGGGCUGCACAUGAUCCAGGCGAUCGCCGCCGUGCGCGACCACACGGGCGUCGACCUCAACAUGCGCAUCGGCAUCCACUCGGGCUCCGUGCUGUGCGGCGUGCUGGGCCUGCGCAAGUGGCAGUUCGACGUGUGGAGCUACGACGUCACGCUCGCCAACCACCUCGAGCGCGUGCACAUCUCGAAGGCAACGCUGGCGUGCCUCAACGGGGAGUACGACGUGGAACCUGGCGAGGGCCAUACGCGGGACCCCUACCUGAAGGACCACGGCGUGGAGACGUUCCUCAUCAAGCAGGAGCAGCCGCAGCGGCCGCGGCGGCGCGUGUACCUGAGCGGGGGCGGGGCCGGCGCCGGGGGCGGGGAUGCCGGGCCGCGGGCGACGGGGGGGGGCGAACGGCGCGGCGAGGGACCUGCGCUCGCGGCUGUGGUCGGAGGACGAGACCAGUCGCGCCUCGCCGCAGGCGCCCGCGCCCCGACGCACCGCCCGCCGCCCCCCGCCCCGCUCCGCCGCCGCCCCCGCAACAUCGACGACGAGCCUACACCGACUGGCAGCCGAGAAUCCCUUCAACAA